AUGGCUGUGCGCGGCGCCAGCACCUUGACGCCCUUCUCCAUCCAGGCGAUCCUCAACAAGAAGGAAGAGCGCGGCGGGCUGCCCGCGCCAGAAGGGUGCCCGGCGCCCGGGGGCACAGCGGCGCCGGUGGCCGUGGCGCCCGCUGCCUGCUGCUGGAGGCUCUUUGGGGAGACCGGCGCGGGCGCGUUGGGGGGCGCCGAGGACUCUCUGCUGGCGUCGCCUGCCGGGACCAGGGCGGCUGCUGGGCGGACCGCGGGGAGCCCUGGAGGCUGGGACUCAGACUCGGCUCUCAGUGAGGAGAACGAAGGCGGGCGCCGCUGCGCGGCCGCACCGGGGGCCAGCGGGGCCUGCCGUUCCGGGGGAACCCUGGGCCUCGGCCAGCCGGCCUGCGAGCUUCCCGCCACCAAAGACCUGGAGGAGGAAGCCGCGGGCCGCAGCGACAGCGAAAUGUCGGCCAGCGCCUCAGGCGACCGCAGCCCUACUGCUGAGGACGACGGUGUUGGUCCUGGGAGCGCGCGCGUACCUGCGCUGUGUAGCGGAGGCGGAGGCAGCGGCGGCCCGGCGGGCGGCGCGGAGGAGGAGGAGGAGGAACCCGCUGCGCCCAAGCCGCGUAAGAAGCGCUCGCGGGCUGCCUUCUCUCACGCUCAGGUCUUCGAGCUGGAGCGCCGCUUCAACCACCAGCGCUACCUGUCGGGGCCCGAGCGCGCCGACCUGGCCGCGUCGCUGAAGCUCACCGAGACACAGGUGAAGAUCUGGUUCCAGAACCGCCGCUACAAGACCAAACGCCGACAGAUGGCUGCAGAUCUGCUGGCUUCAGCGCCCGCUGCCAAAAAAGUGGCUGUGAAGGUGCUGGUGCGUGACGACCAGAGACAGUACCUGCCGGGCGAGGUGCUCCGGCCGCCCUCGCUGCUGCCGCUGCAGCCCUCCUACUAUUACCCCUACUACUGCCUCCCGGGCUGGGCACUCUCCACGUGCGCGGCCGCUGCGGGCACCCAGUGA